GUGGCAAAGCCCUGCCCGUCAUUGAUGAAAAGUGUGGGCCCCUCCCUCCACACCUCCCUCCACAGCAGCGCGGUGCAGUGGCGCCGAGGACGCUGGGCUCCACCUCUGUAGUUCUGCUUGGUGAUGAUAGAUUCAGCAGAAGGAGUGAGAGAGAAAGGGGAGCCCGUGCGCUGCUGUCGAAGAAACCCCAUUGAUACGACCAAAAUCACAGCGUGAGCACGGCCGCCAUUUUACAUCUUCCUCCAGAGCGAAACGGCAGAGGCGGAUCUACGCCGGGAAGACUUGCCACCUUUUUAUACCCUUCUGAAACGCAUACCACACAACUUGCAGAGCAAUUGGCAGAUUUCUGGAGACAUGGCCACAGAACAUAUUAAUGGAAAUGGUACUGAAGAACCAGUGGACAACCCUGCAGUUACCCAUUCUGAACACUUCCAGACUUUAUUAGAAGCUGGUUUACCACAGAAAGUUGCUGAAAAACUAGAUGAAAUUUACAUAGCAGGGCUGGUAGCUCAUAGUGACCUAGAUGAAAGAGCAAUUGAGGCCUUGAAAGAGUUUAAUGAAGAAGGUGCUCUGCAAGUACUACAGCAGUUCAAGGACAGUGAUCUGUCACAUGUUCAAAACAAAAGUGCCUUCCUGUGUGGAGUAAUGAAGACCUACAGACAGAGGGAGAAACAGGGGACCAAAGUGUCAGAAUCCAGUAAAGGACCAGAUGAAGCAAAAAUAAAAGAACUUUUGGAAAGAACAAGCUAUACACUUGAUGUGACUACAGGACAGAGGAAAUAUGGUGGCCCCCCACCAGAGUCUGUGCAUUCAGGAGUGCAGCCUACUGUUGGCACAGAGAUUUUUGUGGGCAAAAUUCCAAGAGACUUGUUUGAAGAUGAACUUGUUCCACUGUUUGAGAAGGCGGGGCCCAUUUGGGACCUGCGUCUCAUGAUGGAUCCCCUAAGUGGCCUGAACAGGGGUUAUGCCUUUGUCACUUUCUGCACGAAAGAAGCGGCUCAGGAGGCUGUUAAACUGUGUAAUAACCAUGAAAUUCGCCCAGGAAAACACAUUGGUGUGUGCAUCUCUGUAGCCAAUAACAGACUGUUUGUCGGCUCUAUCCCCAAGAGUAAAACAAAGGAACAAAUUGUAGAAGAAUUUGGCAAAGUCACAGAGGGUCUUACAGAUGUUAUACUGUACCAUCAGCCAGAUGACAAAAGAAAGAACAGGGGGUUUUGCUUCUUGGAAUAUGAAGAUCAUAAAACUGCUGCCCAGGCAAGACGCCGGUUAAUGAGCGGAAAAGUGAAAGUCUGGGGCAACGUUGUAACUGUUGAAUGGGCUGACCCAAUUGAAGAUCCUGAUCCGGAGGUUAUGGCCAAGGUAAAGGUAUUGUUUGUGCGAAACCUUGCAAGUACGGUAACAGAAGAAAUAUUGGAAAAGACAUUUGGCAAGUAUGGCAAAUUGGAACGUGUAAAGAAACUGAAAGACUACGCUUUCAUUCACUUCGAUGAACGAGAUGGUGCUGUAAAGGCUUUAGAUGAAAUGAAUGGAAAAGAUUUGGAAGGAGAACGUAUCCAAAUUGUUUUUGCUAAGCCACCAGACCAGAAGAGGAAAGAACGCAAGGCUCAGAGACAAGCUGCUAAAACUCAAAUGUAUGACGAUUACUAUUAUUAUGGUCCCCCUCACAUGCCACCUCCCACGAGAGGCAGAGGUCGUGGAGGAGGUAGAGGAGGCUAUGCCUACCCUCCUGAUUACUACGCCUAUGAAGAUUAUGAUUACUACUAUGGCUAUGAUUACCACAAUUACCGCGGUGGAUACGAAGACCCUUACUAUGGCUAUGAAGAUUUUCAGGGAGCUGGUAGAGGAAGAGGGGGUAGAGGAUCAAGGGGCUCUUCCCUAGCCAGAGGCCGCGGAGCUGGUGCUCCUCGGGGCAGGGUUGGCUUCUCCCCGCGUGGUGGUCCUGGAUCAGCAAGAGGCGCCCGUGGUACCAGAGGAGGCGCUCAACAAAGAGGCCGCGGGGUACGUGGUGCGAGGGGUGGCCGCGGUGGAAAUGUAGGAGGAAAGCGCAAAGCUGAUGGGUACAACCAGCCAGAUUCCAAGCGGCGCCAGACCAAUAAUCAGAACUGGGGCUCUCAACCCAUUGCUCAGCAACCGUUGCAAGGUGGUGAUCAUUCUGCAGGGAAAAGGGGUCGAGGCCGGUCCUGACCUGUUACUAUGAAGACUGACUUGCUAUGUGGGGUUACACCAGAAGCUGCCAAUGGAUGUGAUGGUAAGGUCAACACUAUGGUCCAAUGAAUUACCAGCCUUACAGAAGCACAUCUCCCAGACUGCCACCUAAAGAUCACAAAAAAAUUCGAGAUGAAGUGAAUAUGUGGAUGUUUUGCUUUGUUCUGGUAAUGUAUAGGGAUAAAAGCAUUGCAUUUAAUGAGUUUGCCACCACUUAAAAUACCCAACAUAAUUUUAGUAAGGACUGUAAUAAAGCUGGUCAGGCUUUGUAAAGGAGAAUAUCUUACGGAAAUGUCAGCUGUAUUUUGCACUUAUACAUUUGUCUUGGUUUGAAGUGGCUCAAAGGAGCUUGAUGCUGUCUAUAAUUUUGUAAUUGUGAUAGGCUUUUAUGUUGGAAUGUCCAUGUUACCUGAGUUGUCUGUUGGAUAGCUCUGAGAAGAUCAUAGCAGGUUUAGGUGUAACCACCUGGUCUGGUCAGUCAGGCAUUCCAGGAAAAUGGUUCUUUUUAGAACCUGUUUUUAAAGGGUUGGUUAACUACCUCAGUACAGAGGAAUAAACUACCCUGUCUGUACUGUAAAUAUGGAAACGUAUUAGAUGAAAGGAAGGCUUGUUCCAAAUAAAAUAUGCACAAGAGCAACAGCAGAGCCGAUGAACUUAAUGUAAUAUAGUCUUUUUUU